AUGGGUUUAAUGGAAUGUGCUGCUCUGUGUAAAAGGCAGUCUUUGUGCCAGUCAAUAAAUUGGAACAAUGACGAUUGCGAGCUGAACUCUUCCAGAGAAGGAAUAUUUAUCUCUGACCAAAUGUAUAUAUUUGCGGAUGUGCAAUCUUUCCCAGCAAACAUUGCCAAAGGAUGCCAAUAUGUUACUUGUCCAAGCAAUACCUUAUGUGUUGCAAAGGAAACAGGAGAGAACUGUGAAGUCAUUGGAUGUACUGGUAUACCAAAUGUGGAGAAUAUUAACGCUGACGCAUUUAAUCAGCACAUUCUUUGGGAAUUCAACGAAAUUGUAAAUUAUCCAUGUGCGCCGUUAUAUCGUCCUAAUGCUAAUGUAACUUGUAAUAUCGAUGGAAAUUGGCCAGAAUUCGAAUGCGUUCCGAUUUCAAGUUGUGACGAAGUGGCUUAUUGUGAUAGAACAGCAGUAUCCAACGAGUAUUGGGUAUACGUAAUCCCUUUGGACCAAACAAUGAAGGUUUUCUGUGAAAUUGAACUACGGAUGGAUACCGUGUCAUACAUAACCUUAAUUAACAAUAAUACAGCUACCACACCGAUAUACACCAGAGGUUAUGGUUGUGAAAAGGUAGAUACUGGUAGCUACUACUCCACGGUGGGUACGUCCUCCAUUUCUAAAGUUGAAUUGAGGACCAAUACCAUGACCGUAGCCCUGGUAAGUGGGUAUAUUCAGUCCUCUUUGUCAAGCCAAUUAUUUGGCCAUGCUGCAGACUGUUAUGCAAGCAUUCCUCCGGAUGCCUGUGGAGUUAUUGGAAAAUUCGAAAUUGAUUUUAGAGGGACUGGAUUUAAAGUUAGAAAUGAUACCACAUGGGAAGCUAAAAGUUCUGGAUUUGUCCACAAUAUAACCAGGAGCUUUAACGAUAGUGUGGUAGUUGGUUAUUGCGGAGGCGAAACGAACAGGGUUUGUGGAGGAUGUAAACCUAAAAACAAUAAAUUGUACAUAGACUAUAACCACUGGGAUAAUAUUCCAGUUUCUGCAGCAAAGAAACCUGUUUGUCAAUAUGCUUAA